CGCUGCGCGCGUUGCGAGCUCCGCUACAGUGUAAUACGCCAUUUUGAAAACAAAAGUUGAUAUGGACUUCAUUUACGAACUAUUCUUGAUACAGGAUAAUGAUGUACACAAUCGAAUUCGUCAAUGGAGUCCGUGCAAUGAUCACCGAUCUUGGUUUCUUACGAUGUUUCAUCAUUGUUUAUCAACAUAGCUUAUUAGGAAGAAAACAAAUACUUACUUGCUGAAAAAAGCUAUUUAAAUGAGUAAACCGUCAACAUAGGAUUAACUUUACUAAUUCAGUGAUCAACUAUGGAAACAUACAGUUUUUCUCUGACGCGGGGCUAAACGGCUCGGGACUUCAGCUUUAAAACUCUCACGUUGGUCAGUUUACAUCUUCACUCUCGCGCUCAGUUGACAAAACCAAAUUAUCUUGUAAUAUAUCCCCCACCGACACAGCACCACAGUUUCUUUAGCAACUUACUUCCUUCAGUCAUCUAUAUAUACAAAAAACCGUUGGCGUCGCCAGAAGCUCUCCUCUUGGUCCCUUACCAGCCAACCUUUUUAAGUACAGCGUUGAGGAAAUCUUAGAACGUGAAAAAAAGUGCCCACUUAUUCCCAGAGACAGGUGGUUUGUAUGUUAACCAUUAUGCGCGACAAAACAUCGGCAGAAUCUUUCAUUGGGCUCUUCAGCAAUACCGAUACCAAGUCUAAAUUGCAGUUGAAGAACAUCUGGAUACUUAACUUUCCAACAAAGAGCUGCUUAACAUGCGCAUGACAUGAAAAUCCAUGACAAACAGUACCCAUUUGUUGCAUUAACUGAAUAGUCGACGAUCGAUAUAAACGCAGUCUACUGAAAAUAACCUUUUAUUUUCAAAUCUAUGUGAUACUGAGUACGAUGCUGACUUAUUCCCUCUACAUCGAUAUCAAACUCAUGACUUCAUUAAGUUAAAUGGUAUCUCACAUGAACUGUUUGACGAAAUACAUAUAUGUUAUUUCCCGCUUGGGAGGUCGCUGUGCUAAGGGUGUUCGGCGUGACCCACGAAAUGUAUAACACUUUGACCCAGGUUUACGGAAAAAUAACCUAAUUAGACUAUUUAGACUGAUUUCAUUUCUUAAAAUCCCAUUAAUAAUCCCAAAUAUAUAUUUACGGUAUAAAAGAAUGGAAAGGAACCUUAACUCCCGCCAUUCCCCGCCAGUGCGUUUCACUUAGAAUCCCAUGAUACCCUGCGAGCUUUUCCAUCCCAUGGUUCCUUACGGAAAUAAACAUGUUAAUGUUUUUCUUCGUGCAAAAUGAGAGCGUUACCAACUUGGGUCGAUAAAGUCCACGACAAGGACAGAGUUGAGCAGUGCAUUUACGACCUUGCAUUCAAACCCGAUGGAAGUCAACUCAUCGUUGCCGCUGGAAACCGUGUUUUGGUUUAUGAUACAAACGAUGGGACACUUAUUCAACCGCUCAAAGGUCACAAGGAAACCGUGUAUUGUGUUGCAUACUCCAGAGAUGGAAAAAGAUUUGCAUCUGGAGGAGCUGACAAAAGUGUCAUCAUCUGGACAUCAAAAUUAGAGGGUAUUCUUAAAUAUACACAUAAUGACUCUAUCCAGUGCCUUGCUUACAAUCCACUCACUCAGCAACUUGCAAGUUGUACAACAAAUGAUUUUGGUGAGUGUAGAAUUUUUCCAAUCCAACUGCUCAAUACUUAUGUGUAACUGUUACA